AGGGAGCAUACUUCGCCCUUACCCUUCCCAUCAUGCCAGUGCCGUAGUUCCUAUAAACUGCACUUUCGCCCGGGUGGCGCAUGCGAGCUACAUCGCUCUGCCUCCCCAGAAGAAUCGGAUGGACGAGGGAAUGAGGUUUGUAGAGGUUAUGAAGGAGAAAGAGACCGGCGGCGACUAGGCCGAGAAUGAUAGUUAAGUCGUCAGUUACCAGAUAUUCUGACAGAGCCGUGGCCAUGGUUGACAGUGAACCGCCCCAGUCGAGCAGGUUCGGAACGCGACUUUAUGGUAAAGUUUGAGGAGACAGUAGAGAGUCGGCUGAACGGAUGUUGGAAGUAUGCGACAGUGUACUCGAGGUCGUUCCUCAUAAGCGCACGUCUCGGGCUCCCAUUGGGCGACCUUAACCCUGAGGAAAAUACCACGUGAUGCGCGUCCAAUUGGCGCGUUCUGCACGCCUAGUCGACAGCCCUUCUUUCCUCUUACCACUAUCUUCUCCUUUUCUCCUGUAAUGUCGGGGCAGAACCAAGUACAGCUCAAUUUUUCGCAGUUCAACUCACGUCUCAAACUCAUUCUUGACUCCUGGAGCAACGCGGGCAAAAAUGAUGACUUUAGCUCGGUAGCAGAUGCUGACGCUCUUCUGCUACUUGCGGGAGACCCUGCGAAUGAAGAUGAGCCUACCAGGAAAGGGACGGCGUUCCAGACAUGGCUUCUCGGUUAUGAAUUCCCUUCAACCUUCAUUCUCUUUGAAAAGGGACGAGUACUUAUACUCUGUUCGGCAUCCAAGGCUAAAAUCCUGGCUCAAAUCAAGAAUGGGAACCCUCCUGUCACUAUCGAGAUCUACGGUCAAGCAAAAGCAAAGGAUCCUCCUACUGAUGCAGUGCCGAGGUUCCUGGAAGCCUACGUCGCUCAUUCGCGCGUAGCCACGCUGACAAAGGAGUCGCAUAGCGGGAAGCUCGUAGACGAUUGGAACAAGCUACUCAGUGAAGCGGAGCAAAGGCCCGAGCUUGUGGACAUGGCGCCUGCAGUGUCGUCCUUUAUAGCGGCCAAGGAUGAGGAAGAGCUCAAAGCUAUUCGAACCGCUGCUAAUCUUACUUCCACACUGCUGGCCCAUCACGUCGCUGUGAAGCUGGAGACAAUUCUCGAUCGGGAAGCCAAGAUCUCCCAUGAAGCUUUCGCAGGACAAAUUGAGGCUAGAUUAGGAUACGGCGAGGGAACUGACGCGAAAGGCCCCGAUAUGAGAGUCUGGAGCAAAGGGCGUGGACUCACUGAUGUCGACUGGUCAUCAACAGAGUUUUGCUACUCUCCAAUCGUCCAAUCUCAGUCUACAAGCACCGGCUAUGAUUUGAGAUUUAGUGCAGAAUCGACAACCGAUGACAUGGCGCACAAAGGCGUACUCCUCGUAUCGCUUGGCAUGCGUUACAAGGGCUAUUGCGCCAAUCUCGGCCGCACAUUCAUUGUUGAUCCCAGCAAGGAGCAAGAAGCUAUCUAUGCGCUGCUGCUGUCUUUGCAGAAUGACCUUCUCUCGUUCAUGAAAGAUGGCGUGACUGCCCGGGAUGUGUACCAGCAUGCGCUCACCUAUGUCAAGGAGAAGAAGCCUGAGCUGGAAAAACACUUCGUGAAGAACGUCGGUCAUGGGAUGGGCUUGGAGUUCCGUGACUCCGUGUAUCUUCUUUCCGCUAAGAACGGUCGCAAGCUCAAGGCCGGCAUGGUAUUCAAUCUGGCGCUUGGCUUCCAAGAUCUUGAGGAGGGUGGAAAGAAGUAUGCGCUCCAUCUUGUGGACACUGUCCAGAUUUUGGGAGAGAAAGCCACUUGCUUUACGAUCGGCGUCAAAUCCGUCAAAGACACCAUGUUCUUCCUCAAUCCCGAGGCUGAGGUCGAGUCGAAGCCAGCCAAAAAGGCUCCUACUUCAACGAAGCUAACUGCUACCGGUGGUGCGUCCCCCGCGAAAAACAAGACCGCUGGUGGCAAAGUGCUUCGCAAUAAGACACGUAGCGCGGCUCAAGAGGAACUCAUCCAGUCGACGGCAGCAAAGAUAGCGGAACAUCAGCGCGAACUACAUCAGAGACUACAGGUGGAGGGAUUGGCUAGGUUCUCUGAGGGGGGUGGUGGUCUUGCUGGCGAGAAAGGCAAAACUUGGAAGCGCUUCCAGAGUUACAAGGGCGAGGCCGGCCUUCCAAAGGACGUCGAGAAUUUGCGCAUCUUUGUUGACCGCAAAGCUCAGACCAUAGUCUUUCCAAUCCACGGUUUUGCAGUGCCGUUUCAUAUCAAUACUAUCAAGAACGUCAGCAAAAACGACGAGGGCGAGUUUACUUACCUCCGAGUGAACUUCCAGACUCCCGGACAACUGGCCGGCAAGAAGGAAGAUACACCGUUUGAAGACCCUGAUGCCACUUUCAUUCGUUCCAUCACCUACCGCUCCGUCGACCAACAUCGCUUUGAUGCUGUGGCCAAACAGAUUACAGACCUAAAGAAAGAAGUCAAUAAGCGAGAGCAGCAGAAGAAGGAGAUGGCCGACGUCAUCGAGCAAGAUGUACUGGCUGAAAUCAAGGGUCGUCGCCCCAUCAAGUUGCCUGAGGUCUUUGUUCGCCCCGCGCUCGACGGCAAGCGACUACCUGGCGAGGUCGAGAUACACCAGAAUGGUCUACGUUACCAGUCCCCGAUGGGCUCUCAAAAGAUUGAUAUUCUGUUCAGUAAUGUGAAGCACUUAUUUUUCCAACCUUGCGACCACGAGCUGCUGGUCAUCAUCCACAUUCACCUGAAGGCUCCGAUCAUGAUUGGGAAGAAGAAGGCUCACGAUAUUCAAUUCUUCCGCGAGGCUUCCGACGUGCAGUUUGACGAGACUGGAAACCGCAAGAGGAAGUACAGAUAUGGGGAUGAAGACGAGAUUGAGCUUGAGCAGCAAGAGCGCAAGCGUAGGCAGAUGCUCAAUAGAGAGUUCAAGCAGUUCGCCGAGAAGAUCGCAGAAGCUGCUACUGCCUCCUCAGGAGACACUCUCGAAGUCGACAUUCCCUUCCGUGAGCUCUCAUUUGAGGGGGUCCCGAUCCGCCAGAACGUCCGUCUUCAGCCGACGACUGAAUGUCUUGUGCACCUCUCUGACCCUCCAUUCUUGGUUGUCACCUUGUCCGAGAUUGAGAUUGCCUCUCUGGAGCGUGUUCAGUUCGGUCUGAAGCAAUUCGAUAUGGUCCUUAUUUUCAAGGACUUCACUAAGACUCCGCUCCACAUCAAUUCGAUUCCGAGUGCGCAGCUGGACGAUGUUAAGAACUGGCUUGACUCCGUCGAUAUUCCUCUCGCUGAAGGCCCCGUUAACUUGAACUGGGGCCCUAUCAUGAAGACCAUUAACGACGAUCCUUACGAGUUCUUCCAGCAGAACGGAUGGUCGUUCCUGGGCGGUCCGGCUGCUGAAGAGAGUGAACCGGAGGACGAGUCUGAGACAGAGUCUGAGUUUGAAGCCGAGUUCGACGAUGAGCCGAGUUCUGAGAGCGGCGAUGACGAGAGCGAGUUCGACGAUGGCUCAGACGCUAGCGAAGAUGAGGGCAGUGAUUCAGGCUUUGAUGAUGAGAGCGAAGGUGACGACUGGGACGAGCUCGAGAGGAAGGCCGCUAAGGCGGACAAGAAGCGUGUUGAAGUUGGUCGUGGCCACGACUCUGACGACUCUGACCACCCGAAGAAGAAGGCCCCGGCGAAGGCCAAUGGGAAGAGCAAGAGCAAGAGCAAGGCUUAGAUUUCAUUUCUCUGUUCGGCUUCCUCUCUCCUUUCUUGUAAUGUAUCGCACUAUAGUAUGUAAUCAUGAUUACUUGCUCUGCGAUGAUGCUAUGACACUGGUGACGAUAAAGUCCAUACGGUUGUGUAACGGCUCCUCUUUCUAGUAAUC